AAAAGGGAUCACGUAUCAAGACUGGCCUCACCUACCAUUACAAUAUACAACUUCACUUGUGCCCAUAUAUACAUACCCACAAAGCAAUAUUGCCUGUUCAGACUUCUAAGCACCAGAAACAAAAGAUCACUCAACAGUAGACCACCAUCAUUCACAAAACUUCAACAUCUCUGCUAUGGCUGCUGCAGUUAAUGGUGGUGAAGAACGUGAGGUUCAGAAGAGUUACUGGAUGGAACACUCUGUGGAACUCACUCUUGAAGCCAUGAUGCUUGAUUCUAUGGCAUCUCAUCUUGACAAACAAGAUAGGCCUGAGGUACUGUCACUACUUCCACCCUAUGAAGGGAAAAAUGUCCUUGAAUUAGGACCUGGUAUUGGUCGUUUUACUGGUGAACUAGCCAAAAAGGCGGGAAAAGUAACAGCCAUUGAUUUCAUUGAAAGUGUGGUAAAAAAGAAUGAGAGCAUCAAUGGGCACCAUGAAAAUGUUGAAUUUAAAUGUGCUGAUGUUACCUCACCAGACCUAAACUUUCCAACUGAAUCAAUGGAUUUAAUUUUCUCAAACUGGUUAUUGAUGUAUCUUUCUGAUAAAGAGGUAGAAGAUAUUGCUGAAAGACUUUUGAAAUGGGUGAAGGUGGGAGGUUAUAUUUUCUUUAGAGAGUCAUGCUUUCAUCAAUCUGGAGACCAUGAACGAAAGCACAACCCGACACACUACCGCGAACCUAGAUUCUACACCAAGGUCUUUAAGGAAUGUCACGCAUCCGAUGCAUCUGGUAAUGGCUAUGAAUUCUCUCUAAUUGGGUCGAAAUGCAUCGAAACUUAUGUACGCAACAAGAACAAUCACAAUCAGAUCUGGUGGAUAUGGCAGAAGGUGGUGAACACAGAGAAAGAUAGGGGCUUCCAGAAAUUCUUGGAUAAUGUACAGUAUAAAAACACUGGUAUAUUACGCUAUGAACGCAUAUUUGGACCCGGGUUUGUGAGCACAGGAGGAAUAGACACGACAAAAGAAUUUGUGGCAAUGCUGGAUCUGAAACCGGGGCAGAAAGUUCUAGAUGUUGGAUGUGGGAUAGGGGGAGGCGAUUUCUAUAUGGCUGAAAACUUUGGUGUUGAUGUUGUUGGCAUUGAUCUUUCUGUUAAUAUGAUCGCUUUUGCUCUUGAACGCGCAAUCGGUCUCAAAUGUUCAGUUGAAUUUGAGGUUGCGGAUUGUACCAAGAAAUCUUAUCCGGACAAUACGUUCGAUGUCAUCUACAGCCGUGACACUAUCCUCCAUAUUCAAGAUAAACCUGCAUUGUUCCGAACCUUCUACAAAUGGUUGAAGCCAGGUGGCAAAGUUCUUAUCAGUGAUUACUGCCGAAAAUCUGGAACACCAUCUGAAGAUUUUGCAGCAUACAUUAAGCAAAGAGGAUAUGAUCUUCAUGACGUAGAAACUUAUGGUCAGAUGCUUAAAGAUGCAGGAUUCGGAGAGGUGAUAGCAGAGGAUCGAACAGAACAGUUCAAGGAAGUCCUUAGGAGGGAACUGGAAAGGUUCGAGAAGGGAAAAGAAGAAUUCAUCCGUGAGUUUACUGAAGAAGACUACAACGAUAUUGUUGGCGGUUGGAAGGCAAAGCUGGUGAGGACUGGUUCCGGGGAGCAGAGAUGGGGCUUGUUUUUUGCGGAAAAGAAGUGAAGUGUAUUUUGUAUUUUCACAAUAAAAGAGUGGUGGUGCUGAGGCUCAGAUAUCAUGUGGGUUGUGAUUUAAGCACUCCUUUUGUUGUACAACUGUGAUGUCUUGUGGAUCCUCUAAUGCAUUAUGUGUGGCCUCAAAUGACCAGUUUUAAUAUAAUUAUAAUUUAAGCUUGGGAUCCAAA